AUGUUUUUUGCCAAGAUUCUGCUGCUGUGUUCUGCCUGCGUCCUGGUUUUGGGAAAGCCUCAAGGAUUUGGACUCGUUGGAGGUGUCAAACAAUUGGAAGGCCAGGAGCUGAUAGAUGCCCAAAAGGAGUUGAACAGCUCUCUGGUUAAACUUGACGCCGGAGAUGGACCUCACUACCGCAUCGUGAAGGUUCUGGAUGCUUCCUCCCAGGUGGUUGCUGGCACCGCCUACAAAUUCACCGUGGAGUUGAUCGACGAAAAUGACGUCAAGAAGGAGUGCAAAGUGGAUAUCUGGAAUCGUUCCUGGUUACCAAAUGGCAUCCAGGUUACCUUCAAGUGCCCCAAUGAGCCCGAACUGAUCAAGAAACACAGUGCCUAAAGACCUGAAAAAUGAAAUGUAUAAAAUUUUCAAACUAUUUCAUUAAAAAUCUUCAACGACGAAAAA